UCCGAUUACGUCACAGUGAAAGGGUUCCGGCAAGCAUUUUGGUCAGUUAUGUAUCAACGGGCAUGGUUAAUGAUCACAAAAGUAGAUAACUGUGCAAGGGUAAAACAAAUAUAUAGGAAACAGUCUUGGUCGAAAAUGGGUGUUUCUCUACAUGCUCUGUAUCAGUGAUUGAACCACUACCAUGAGUGACAGAUGAACCAUUGGUGGUGUAUUAAGAUUGUACCGUCUUGUAAUUUGUGCAAAAAAGGACUUUGCUUCGAUGAGAAUUACAACAGGUAAUAACUUGAGUGACAAUUAGUUAGACUGGUUGAAAUCCAUGUUGAAAUCCCACAUUGUUAUCGUGCAGUGACUCUUGUAGAAAGCUAGAAAUGGCCUGAACAUUACAAGCCUUACGGCAUUGGCUUUGUCUGCUCUUAUAAAGACUAUACUGUAUAUGUAAACAAUGGUGGCUGAUGGAAAUGACGCCUUAACUCACAGUUCCGACGUAGGUGUAGAUUAAGGCAGUGUGGAAGCGGUUUCACCAACGAGACACGUGUUCCUCAUCGUGAACAUCAUCAUGAAUCGGCUUACGAAGCUCAACAUCAUCCUCAUCAUUCUUGUGAUCAACAGUCCAUCUCGGUUGAACCGGUUGCCCCCGUCCACGAGGGCCAGUCGUCCGUUCCUUUUCUCGAUGCACAUCAAGUUGGUCUCUCAUCCGAUGUUCAAUAUCUUCAGCAAUACGAUUCCAGAGGACAUGAUUUUUUCACAAAACUUUAGUGGGACACGCCCAUACACGCCUAGUUGACAGUUUGUUUGCCAAACGUUUCCAAGGUAUCACAGCACAAAUCAUCAGUGAUAAGUUGGCCGUCUCAUGUCAAGAAAGAACCAUUGCUUCUCGGAUGACAGCCGUGUUAUUCCUUCCAAGGAAACGCAAUGAAUGCAAUCGGGUUCAGCAGCUUGCUCGUCGUAGUGCAGAUAAUCUGCAUUAGCAGUUCCACCCAUCUUAACGGAAAAAACUUUGUCGUUGGAUUACAAAGUUCACCGGUUCAUCUCUAUCUAACGAGAAAUGCAUCCGGACACGUCGUGGAAAUGCAGGGCGUGGCAGUGAAAACUCUUGCUGCUCUGUCGCAGCGAUUCAACUUCACGUAUUCUAUUCUACAGGUUAAUGAUACACGUCUAGAAAAACAAAGUAACGCGUUAUUAGGCUUGUAUUACUACAUGAAACAGGCCAAAUGUGAUUUGGUUAUUGGGGCCAUAGGAAUGACGGUGGGGCGUUACACCGUUAUGGAUUUCGUAGAAGGAUACGCUUACACAUCCAUCGCUAUUAUGAUUCCCAUGCCGCAGGAGUUACAGAAUGUGGAUGCUGCACUCUUACCUUUUCAGUUUUCAGUUUGGAUUGCAUUAGUUGUGAUAAUGCCUAUAACAGCUGUAGCAAUUUACUAUUUCUCUCGCCCUUUAAAUUUCAAAAAGCCAGCUGACGAGAGUGUGACCAUCGCUGGUUCACCAGAAAAAGGAGUUUGUUCUGAAACUAACUCCAAAAUAAGCAAAGCUUUAUUUCAAAUUUUUCGCGUUCUUAUGAGCCAAGGAGGAAGCUUUCGAAUAAUACGGCCGGCUCUCUAUUUUGUUGUUGGCUCUUGGUGUCUGGGUGCAAUGGUACUUAUUAGUGCUUACAACAGUAUAUUAACUUCUUACAUCUUGGGAUCAAACGCAAAGCCUUUGGUUGAUUCUGCUUUGGAUGUUGUCGGGAAUUCAAAUGUCAAUAUUGCGGUUAACAAAGGGAACGGAGUAGAUCUUUUCCUAUCGGCUGCCGAAGUCGGAUUUUACAAACAAGCUGGCGACAAAGUGCGUGCUAAUCCAAAAUCCCGCUGUAAGACAACGGGUGAUUGCGUUGACCUCGUGAAAUUGGGAUCUUACGCCUACCUGAAUUCAAUGUUUACGGCUAUAGACAUCAUCAAUGAAGACUACCAGGCUACCGGAGUAUGCCACCUCGCCAUUGCUAGACAAUCCGAAGCUAUGCCAGGUUCAUUGGCUUGGGUGCUUCCUAAGAAUAUUCCCUACUCCAGGAUCUUCAGUGUGGGAUUUAUGGAGUUGCACGAAGCUGGAUUGAUCGAUCAUUGGACUGAAUGGGAACUCAUGAAAUAUAAAAAUGCAACUUAUUGUUUGCAAGAGGCUCUCAAAAGGCAACAACGUAAAGCAGCGUCAAAGAAGGAAACAAAGAUCACCUUAAAAAAUUUCUCUGGACCAUUUGAUCUUUUAAUUCUCGGCUAUCUCAUUUCAUUCAUUUUGUUCGUUCGCGAAAUUGUUCAUUUUAAAGUAAGCAAUUAUUGCAAAAAAAGGUCAAGUCAGAAAAUUACGACGGAGGAGAACAAAGACGUCGGCGGAAACGGUAAAUAAAACCGUUGAAAAAAGCGCAGUUGAAGCGAGCAGUAAACUGGCCUCGAUAGUAUUUAUUGAUGAUUUUAAGUUAUUUUCUUUCUUUUAUGGUAAGGUUCGGCAUAUCUACAGAUCCUCUGAAUUUAGCGGCUAUACACUAUUUUUUCCUUA